AUGAAAGACAGCGCCAAGUUCAACCUUGCGCCACCUGCCCUCUUAAUCGACACUCGAAGCCGUCAAGGCUCAGAGGCCAGCAAAUUCACGUUGCCAUCAUCUGCAGAAUCGACGCUAUCGAAUCCCUUCUUGACGCCAAAUAACAGCAGUGCUGAAAAUAACCCUUUCGCCUUUAGCCCGGGGCUGCUGAACAAACUCCUCAACCCAAAGUCGCUCUCUGUGUACAAGGCACUUGGUGGCCUCAAAGGGCUAGAGAGGGGCUUACAAACGGACAUUCAUUCAGGCUUGAGUCUCGACGAGACGAACGCGCGAAAGAGAAUUAGCUUCAAGUCUGCGCAUGAGGCACACGACAGCGGGACCGAAAUUCCAGCAGACCCCAGGUGUGAGCCCUACACUGACCGAAAGAGAAUCUACGGCAAGAAUGUACUUCCAGAAAAGAAGGCGACGCCCUUGUGGCUCCUUAUGUGGAAGGCAUACAAUGACAAAGUCCUGAUUCUCUUGACCGUGGCGGCCAUUAUCUCGCUGGCUCUGGGCCUGUACGAGACACUUGGCGUCGACCACCCUGCUGGGUCUCCGCCACCAGUGGACUGGGUCGAGGGUGUCGCCAUCUGCGUGGCUAUCAUCAUUGUGGUCGGUGUUGGGUCUAUCAAUGACUGGCAGAAGGAAAGGGCAUUUACCCGUCUUAAUGCCAAGAAGGACGAUCGCGAAAUCAAGGUCGUACGCAGCGGCAAGACUAUCCUCAUCAACGUUCGAGAUGUCUUGGCUGGUGAUAUGGUGCACUUGGAGCCUGGCGAUCUGAUUCCAGUGGACGGCAUACUGAUUCAAGGCCAUGAUCUCUGUUGCGACGAGUCCUCGGCUACAGGAGAAUCUGACGCUAUAAAGAAGACAUCUGGCGAGCAAGUCGACAAAAUCCUCGAAUCUGAGAAAGAGGCCAGAUCUACCCAUAUGGACCCAUUCAUCAUAUCGGGCGCCAAGGUGCUGGAAGGAAUGGGUACAUUUCUGUGCACUUCAGUCGGUGUCAACUCCAGUUUUGGCAAGAUUAUGAUGUCGGUCCGGACCCCAGUGGAGGCAACGCCGCUACAGAAGAAGCUUGAGAAACUGGCGGGGGCUAUAGCAAAGCUCGGAGCAAGUGCUGCUCUGCUCCUGUUCAUGAUCCUGCUCAUUCGAUUCCUCGCCUCUCUGCCUUCCGACACACGGGAUGCCGCGUCAAAGGCCUCCUCUUUUAUGGACAUUCUCAUUGUCGCUAUCACAAUCAUUGUUGUUGCUGUCCCAGAAGGUCUUCCUCUGGCUGUGACUUUGGCUUUGGCUUUCGCGACUACACGAAUGCUAAAAGAGAACAACCUCGUACGCGUCCUCCGAGCAUGCGAGACCAUGGGAAAUGCUACGACUAUAUGUUCUGAUAAAACCGGAACUCUGACAACCAACAAAAUGACCGUCGUUACUGGCACUUUCGACUCAUCAAGCUUCACCAAAGCGGAGAGCUCGGGCAAGACGAUCUCGCAGUGGGCGUCUGAGCUGUCUGCACCGGCGAAGAAAGUCAUAGUCCAGUCUGUGGCGAUCAAUUCAACAGCUUUCGAAGGUGAAGACGCUGGUCAGUUCGCCUUUAUCGGGUCAAAAACCGAAACUGCACUUCUCCAGCUGGCUCGGGAGCAUCUCGGCAUGCAGUCUCUUGCACAGGCUCGUACCAAUGAGUUUGUGGUGCAGAUGUUUCCUUUCGACAGCAAAAAGAAGUGCAUGGGUGCCGUGAUCAACCUCGGCAAUGGCCAUCAUCGGCUGCUGGUAAAGGGUGCUUCAGAGAUACUCCUAGAAUAUUGCUCCUCUAAGGUAAGUAUCAACGAUCUGUCCGUCAGUGCCAUGAGCGAGCACGAGAGGGAGGCUAUCUCGACUACCAUUGGUGCCUACGCACGCCAGUCUCUUCGCACCAUCGCUCUUGUGUAUCGCGACUAUGACGAAUGGCCCCCGGCAAACGCCAGUGCCGAAGAUGGUCAGGUUGUUUUCUCAUCCGUCCUGCGCGAAAUGGUAUUCCUCGGCGUCGUUGGUAUCCAGGAUCCCGUACGGCCCGGCGUUCCUGAGUCGGUCAAGCAAGCUCGGGAAGCGGGUGUAACGAUCAGAAUGGUAACGGGUGACAACGCUGUAACUGCCCGCGCUAUUGCUGAAGAGUGCGGUAUUCUCGAUGAGGAAGGCAUCGUGGUGGAAGGGCCCAUAUUCAGGGAACUCAGCCAUAAAGAGAUGGACUACACAAUUCCAAAGCUGCGGGUGCUUGCUCGCUCGUCACCUGAGGACAAGAAGAUACUAGUGGCUCGACUCAAACAUCUCGGCGAAACCGUUGCUGUUACAGGCGAUGGCACCAACGAUGCUCCAGCACUCAAAGCAGCUGAUGUGGGAUUUUCUAUGGGCAUCUCUGGAACAGAGGUCGCAAAGGAGGCGUCUGAAAUCAUACUAAUGGACGACAACUUCACGUCGAUCAUUACGGCCAUGAAAUGGGGGCGUGCCGUAAACGACGCUUUCCAAAUCACUGUCAACAUUACCGCUGUCCUCCUUGCAUUUGUCUCCGCGGUUUCCGAUCCAGAAAUGCAGUCGGUACUAACAGCCGUCCAGCUUCUCUGGGUGAAUUUGAUCAUGGACACCUUCGCCGCCCUUGCGCUUGCCACCGACCCGCCAACGGAGAAAAUUCUGGAGCGACCGCCGCAGCCUAAGCAUGCGCCUCUGAUCACGACAAAUAUGUGGAAAAUGAUUACCGGCCAAAGCAUCUUUCAACUAGCCGUCACGUUCGUGCUGUACUUUGCUGGCAGUAAGAUCUUCCCGAGCUAUAGUGAGGCGGAGCUGCGUACGAUUGUAUUCAACACGUUCGUGUGGAUGCAAAUUUUCAACGAAUUCAACAACCGGCGGCUAGACAACAAAUUCAACAUCUUCGAAGGCCUGCAGAGAAAUCAUUUCUUCAUCAUCAUCAACUGCCUGAUGGUGGGUCUGCAGAUCACUAUCAUCUUUGUAGGCGGCGAAGCCUUUUCGAUUGUUUCCGGCGGGAUCACGGGCCCUCAGUGGGCGAUAUGCCUUGUGCUGUCCUUCAUCUCUAUACCCUGGGCAGUGGCCAUUCGACUCUUCCCUGACGAACUGUUUGAACGAAUUGCCACCUUCGUUGGACAUCCCGUGGUCAUUCUUUUUCGACACAAGAAAGGCGUCCAUCAAGAUGAAGAAGCUAUCGCUGGUAGGGGCACCGCCAACGUUGACGCCUCUUUCAGCAAUCCACAAAUCAGAGUCGAGAAUAUUGAUUAG